CGUUCCUUUUCGAUUUUUCUUUUACCGUGUUGACCAGUCAUGGUCGGCCCAAUGGUGCUUCAGUUGUCUGAAGAUCCUUCUGACUCAGUCAUUGAAAGGUCAGGAAAACAUGAAGCACUUGAGCAUUGUGUUGGGCAGAUCCGGUGCUUGAUCGAGAAGCUUCUUGAACAUCAAGGGGUCGAAGGGUUUUUAGCCCAUCCGCCGAGUCCAAACGCCUUCUCAGACAACUCGGAACCAAAUGUCGAUUCUCUCUUUUCUCUGCCCAAAGUGCUGGCUCCUGUUGAAGAGCCACCAGAGCUGGUGAAGGAAACAGAAAGUCCAGACUUGGAAACUCACGCAGUGAUGCAAUGUCGAAGUGUCAAGUCUGGCGCUUCCCACCGAUCUGCAGAACAAGCAGUGUCGGAGCAUGUCCCCUCCAGUGAGAGGGGCGAAGGGCUCCGGGGACAGACACGUCGUGUCAGCACAGCGGGUCUUUCAGUUCUAUCUGUGCCCUCACAGAAUGCCCGAGGUGGAGGUCGGAAACGAGAUCGCACCAUCACUGGAAUGAGCACUCGCUGCAAGGUGUCUAGCUCUCCAGAUGAUCGUCGCUUUGAAGUGCGAGAAGGGUGGGACAUGAUGAACGGUUCUUUCUUCGUGAAGACCUUUCAACCGACUUUCUACAGUUCAGAGAAUGGACGCGGAUCGCUUUCAACAAGGAUGGAUCGCUUUCGACGAAUUUGGGCUGGGAUAGCCGUCUUCCUCAUCGCACGUGAUUGCAUCGCGGUUCCUUUGAUGCCGUUUGGAACAGAUUUCAGUUUUUGGUCUUUGGAGAUCUUGGCCGCGAUCUUUUGGACCUUCAAUCUUCCCAUCAGUUGCUUCUUAGCUCGCUCCAAAGCCACUGUUUGGUGGCUAUUCUUGACACAGACGUUUGUGGAUCUGGCAUUGUUGGCUCCAACCUACGUGGAUUUGCUUUCAAUUGGGACUUAUUCAAGCGUGCAAGUGUGGCUCAGGAUCCUCCAAUUGGGCCGGGUACUUCAGGUGCCUCAUUGGUACCGCAUCACUGGUAUGGCCGGCCAAGUGAGGGAGUGGCUACGUCACCGUAGCCGAGAGUUUAGAGCUUGCUGGAAUGGAAUGUGGUUGAUGGUCUUGGGCGGCAUGUUUCUUCAUGCUGUGACCUGUGCUUGGUUCUUUAUCGGUAAUUUCCCAGAGGGCUGGGUGCAUGAGGAGCAAGGAUUCGAAGGUGAAACUUGGCUUCAGCAGUACAUCCGGAGCUUUGAGUGGGCAAUUUCAAGGCUACCCCCCUCACAUCUUCCUGAAAACAUGCAACUCAAGACCAGGGCUGAGCGCUUCUUAGCAAUGUUUGGUACUGCUUCGAUGAUGCUCUUUGGGGCCAUUAUCACUUCUAUCGUCACCAAUGACAUGUCAGAUAUUCGUCGAGUCCGGAGGGAGAACAAAGAGGCGGAGUUUCAAGUUCUGGAUUUCUCCUGGAACUUUUCGAUUGGCUACGACCUGCAGGACAAGGUACAGAGAUAUUUGCAGCUCAGCGCUUUGAGGGUGCGCCAGCCAGGUAAGAAGGAGAUGAAAGCGGUCUUGCCCGAAUAUCUAUUUGGUGAACUUUGUCGAGAGGCCUUUAGUCCCAUUGUGCAACACCAUCAGCUGUUUCAGGCCCUGUCCGGGAGACAUCCGGGAUUUCACUAUAACCUUUGUACUCGUUGUAUGGACGAUUGGUAUGUGGUUCCGGGUGAAGUCUUGUUCUCUGCUGGACGCAGUUGUGAGCAGAUGAUCUUUGUUGCCCAUGGAGCUGUGAAGUACGACUCGAUCAUGGAUUUGGAAACCGAUGAGUCGUUCUCAAGGCGCUCGAAGAAGGAAACGGCGCUUGGUGCUGCCUCAAAGAAAGGUGGAGGAGUUCCUGGAGGAGUUCCUGGAGGUCCAGAACAGGAAUCCAAUGAUGCACUUUUCCCGGUAAUGCCUUCACUGGUGCGGAAAAUGUCCAUGGUGCAUCAUCAGCAGUCUGUCUUGUCGAAGACCCCAAUGCGUUUGACAGCUGGAGACUGGAUGUGUGAGCUUUGUUUGUGGACCAGUUGGACUUAUCACGGGAAGGCUGAGGCCAGUUCAGGCAGCACCUUGUUAUGUUUGAAGCCCGAGAAAUUCUUGGAAGUGGUGCAAGGCCAUAAGGACGCUGCGGCCGAAUUGGCAUACUAUGCACAGGCUGUGGUGGAGGAACUGAAUCAAACACCGCAGGAUGAGCUUUCAGAUCUCCUGCAUUUUGAACUCGAAGACUGAGGGCCGUGCCGUAAGAGUGCUCAGAGCCUCUUCAGUCAUUUGCAAGUCGCUCGAGCCUAAUUCCUUUGUGUCUCAGGAAUCAAGAAGGCUUUCUCAAGACACGAAAAAG